AUGAACGCGUCUCGAAUCCGCGGUACUGUACCGUCGGUCUCAUCCAUCCUGGCUACCGUAGGCCACAAGGGGGGCGAUACGAAUUACUCAAAUGAGAGUAGCUCAACGCUCACCCAGUCGUCCUAUGACAGUCACAACGCCCCAACGGAAUCCGUAGCGAAGGCAGAAACGGUGCCCAAGCCGGACCCGUUGGCCUUCCUUGACGCCGACUCUCCCGCAGUUACCCAAGAUACCAUCUACGACUCCAUGCACACGGCAUCAUCUCACUCACCAACCUCGUCUAUUAGUGGUUCAUCAUUCACCAAGAGCUACUCGUCUAAGUCGAGUCAUGAUACCGAUUGGAACACCACACCGGAACGCAGCCCUAAGAGCGGCAAAGUAGACAAGGCUUCUGCCAAGAUGGCUUCUCAGACUGAGGCAUCACAGAAGCGCCAACGUAAAUAUGGCAACCCUGAAAUGUCACGAGGCAAUGCGAAGCUACCUCAUGUUUCAUCCAAGGCCUCGACACCACGGGUUCCUGAUCAGGCCCACGGCCGCGUAAAACAUUUGCCUCGCGCUGAAAAGCUACCCUUGACGGGGUACGAGCUUCUGGCCUCGCGACUGACGGCGCAUUCUGCCGAUCGCUCGGGCCCGUACGUUAGGCCAAUUUAUCGCAAGUUCGAGACCCUCAACCAUCGUCUUCUACUACACCUGCAAGAUGAGCUGUGCGAACUGGAAGAGCAGUUACACAGACUCGAUUCGGCAGAUACGCAAAACAGGCGUCUGCAAAAUCGCAUCCUCCCUGCCUCCCGUAGGGCGCAGACGCUGUCUGGCGGCGAAUUACAGUGGCACAAGACAGAUAUACUUGGCAAGAUUGGGUUCAAGUUGGAGCAGUACAACCAUGUUCUCUCCUCGUUUAAAACAACUCAAACUCUGCCAAACCCCACACUCGUCGACGUCCACGAGUAUCGUAGAUAUCUCGCAACUCACGGUCCCAUCACCGAGGCGGAGACCCACUUUCUCGACGCGGCCAAUGAUCUGAUCUGUCUCGACCAAGAAGUAGAAGAUGACUACGACGAAGACUCUACCACGACGCCCAUGCCCCCGCGCUCACCCGGGAACUACACGUCCAUGUUAAGCAAUAGCAGCGUUCUUGAUGAUGACGACGAGGAACGUCAACAUGCCAUUCCACUCAGCCUUGCCAUGGCGGCUGCUGUUAUCCUGCCCGUGCUGACGUUCACCGUGAUUCCGGGGUAUAUCGGGAGGAUGGCGGUUGUUUUGGUCGUCUCUUUUGUCAUCCUAGGGACUUUGAUAUCAGCCGGGGUCGUGGGCCUGCAUAUCACGAGGGACUUUUUCCUCAUUACUGGGUUUUAUGGAUUAGGAAUGGCGGUUAUCGCUGGACUGUGGUAG